AUGUAUCUUUAAAGAAGACAUAUUUUGGGCUGUCUAAGUAAGCAGUCUCAACAAAUUCAAAAGUUUGAAGUCAGAGCAUUUAGUGCAAAGUAGUCUUAUGAAGAACAUAGACGCCUAUCAUUGGACCCAGCUGCAAGAGAAAAAUUCUGGGAAGAUCAGUCAAAAGAGAUACACUGGUUUAAGAAGUAUGAUAAGGUUUUGGACUAGUCGAAGGCCCCUCUUUAUAGAUGGUUUUCAGGUGGUCUUACUAAUAUGUCAUAUAAUUGUAUUGACAGACAUGUCGAAGCAGGAAGAGGCGGUGAUACUGCUGUUAUAUAUGAGAGUGCUUUUACUAAAAGAACAAGAAUACUAACUUAUUAAGAGCUACAGAACUAGGUUUCAAAGUUCGCUAGAGUCUUGUCAAAUCAAGGAGUUUAAAAAGGCGACACUGUAAUAAUUUACAUGCCAAUGAUUCCUGAAGCACUUAUUGCCAUGCAUGCUUGUGGACGCUUAGGUGCUAUUCACUCUGUAGUGUUCGGGGGUUUUGCGCCUGAAGAGCUAGGCAAUAGAAUUAAGACAACUAAUCCAAAAAUUAUAAUCACUGCAUCAGCAGGACUUGAACCAAAUAGAAUCAUUCCAUAUUGUGAUAACGUGGACAAGGCCUGUGUCAUUGGUGGACAUCCAGAUAUUAAAAGAGUGAUAGUGCAAAGAAGAAGCUACAAAGAAAAAGACAUAGACAAAAGAUUAUAUUUGGAUUAUGAUGAAGAGAUGGCAAAGGUAACAUAAGGCCAUGACGUUGUGCCAGUUGAAGGAACACAUCCAUUUUUUAUUUUGUACACGAGUGGAACCACAGGGUCUCCAAAAGGUAUAUAUAGAAGUGUUGGAGGCCAACUUGCAGCUUACAACUAUGCAAUGAAUUACAUAUUUGAUAUCGGUUAAAGAGAUGUGAUGUUUGCAUCUUCAGAUAUCGGUUGGAUUGUGGGUCAUAAUUUUAUCAUUUAUGGACCACUUGUAAGGGGAGGAACUACUGUCAUGUAUGAGGGAAAGCCUGUUGGCACCCCAAAUGCAGGUGUAGUAUGGAGAAUGGUUGAGGACUAUAAAGUGAAAGCUCUAUUUAUCGCUCCUACUGGAGUUAGAGCCAUUAAGAAAGAUGAUUAUGAGGGUGAAUUAUUGGCUCAGCAUGAUCUAACAUCAUUGAAGAGCAUCCAUCUUGCUGGAGAGAGAUGUGACCCUGAAACAAUUAGGUGGUUGCACAAGAAAAUUCCUCAUGCUCAUCUUAAUGAUAACUGGUGGUAAACUGAAACUGGGUGGCCAAUCUCCUCUAAUUACAUCAAUCUUGAGACAUUUGAAAUGAAACCCGGAUCUGCUACAAAGCCAUGUCCAGGUUGGGAUAUAAAAAUAAUGGAUGAUGAUGAUAAUAUUAUAACUGAGCCAGAUAAGCCAGGAAAGAUUGUAAUUAAACUUCCUUGCCCUCCAGGCCAUAUGGAUGGACUUUGGGGUAAUGAUUAAGCUUACGUAGAAAAAUAUCUAUAAGCUCCUGAGGGAUGGUAUCUUACAGGAGAUGCAGGUCAGAUUGAUAAAGAUGGCUACAUCUACGUUUUGGCAAGAACUGACGAUGUUAUAAACACUGCUGGUCACAGAAUCUCUACUGGUAGAAUAGAGGAAGUUUUGACAGAUCUCAAAGGUAUAGCCGAGUGUGCUGUAGUUGGAAAAGACGAUUCACUGAAAGGUGAGGUGCCCAUUGCUUUUAUUAUUUUACAAGAUGAGAAAGUGGAUCGAAAAGAAAUUCAAAAAAUUAUCUAAGCUGAGGUGAGAUAGAAAGUAGGAGCCUUUGCCAAAUUGGAAUAGGUAGUCUUUGUUUAAAAGCUACCCAAGACUAGAAGUGGGAAAAUUUUGAGAAAUUUAUUAAGAGAUAUAUCAAACAACGUCUAGUAACCAAGAGUUACACCUACAAUUGAAGAUAGGGGCGUGAUUCCUGAGAUUAUUAAAUCCUACUAGGCCUUGCUAUAAUAAUGA